AUGGUCGAUGAAAUGGCUGAACUGUCUUCUGAUCGACAAAUGUCACGUGCAGCUCUGCUCCAGGCUCGAAAACGCGAUCGCUAUGGAUAUAAAUCUCAAAUACUUGAGACACUCAGGGAUGAAGACUGUAUCACUCCAAUGCAAGAUGUUGAAUUGAUCGCGGAAGGCCCAGCGGUGAAUUUGACAGUGACAGCAAGAAAUCAACUAGAUACAAUUGAAAGGAAUACUGUCAGACAAGCAGCUUCUAGCGUUCAAGCCUCGAGACUCAAAUCAGCAAGUACUAGAAAAACGGCAUCAUCAACUAUCAGGAACUCCAGACAACUUAUAAGACUGUAUCAACCCUGA